AUGCGAACCCCUGAACCGCCCGACCGUGACGAACACGAAGAUUCACCACCACGAUUGUCGAGACCAAAGCGCACCACCAGACCACCGAAUAGUUAUACUCGGGAGCAAGAGAUCGACAAGGUGCAGAGAACGACGCGCUCCCAGCAAAGGAAGAAAACCCAAAUUGAAGCAGUUGCCCAACGAGACGCGGCAACCUCGGACGACUCCUCGACCGAGAGCGACGACCUGAAUGCUGCCAAUCUUGUGAAAGAGCUCGCCAAACUCAGGAGGGAGAUCAGACGGCGGGAUGAUCUGCACAGAGAAGAGCUUCAGAAAGUUCAAGAGGAAUAUCGCAAAGUCAAGGAAGAAUUCGGUGCCGCCCUCGCGGAAGUUCGACACGAGCUACAGACCCUCGCAGAUAGGCCCACGACACCGCUCUCCCACCCCGAGGGAUGUACCCAGGAUAGCCACGAUGAGGUUCUUCGCGAGAUUCAAUCCCUGCGUGAUGCAAUCAGCCCUUCCACCCUCACAAGCUCCCCGUCCUAUGCAGAUGUCGCCCGUACUCCUCCAAUCAGUCACUCGAGCAACAUUCGGACACUUUCAACAUCAAAUACAACACCAACCACGUUCACCGACACGCUUUAUUGCACGAUAGACACCUCGAAGAUGGCAGAAACUGAAAACGAGAGGAAGUCCGCAGGCCCAAUCCGAGCGGCGGUUGAGACAGAGAUCCGGACGAUGGAAGACCAUAUGCGUUGGCGUUGUCGCGCCGUCACCGUGGACCCGAAAAACACGAAUCGGAUCAGAAUAGCGUGUCGCGAUGAAGCCGAACACCAGUUGGUCAAGAAAGUGGCAGAAGCAAAGAUCGGCGCAGGAGCCCGAGUGCUUCGGGACGAGCUCUACCCGAUCAAAGUCGACAGCGUCAACAAGGCUGUAGUUUUGGACGAAAAAGAUGAGAUCCGAGCUGGAGCCACAGCGGCCUUCAGCGAGGAGAACGAAGUCACCGUUGCUAAGAUCGCAUGGCUCAGCAGAAAAGAGAGUGCGAAGGCCUAUGGGUCAAUGGUCGUUUACCUAACCAAAGGGACUGACGCACGGAGGCUCUUGGCCGACGGGUUCUUUCACGCUGGGGGAGAAUCUGGCGUGACCAGCGCAUUUGAGUAUCGACCACGACCGAUGCAAUGCUACAAUUGCCAGGAGAUUGGCCAUAAGGCAUUCCAGUGCAAGAACGUCCAGAGAUGUGCAAAAUGCGCCAUGGAGGGCCAUCGCCACAGUGACUCAAAAACUGCCGGAAGCUCUAUCCGUCACGUCAUGAAUAAAACCCUCCGAGUAAUCCAACUGAAUGUGAGGAAGCAGGGAGCUGUGCAUGACAGCUUAAUGAACGACGAAGAAACUCAGGAGGCAGUGGCACUAGCGAUUCAGGAACCCCAAGCGAGGAGAAUUCAAGGCCGGCUCUUGACAACCCCGAUGGGACAUCACAAAUGGACAAAGAUGGUUCCUUCCACCUGGAGGGAAGGUAGGUGGGCAAUUCGAAGCAUGCUCUGGGUCAAUCAAGAGGUGGAAGCAGAGCAAGUGCGGAUCGAGUCCCCGGAUCUGACAGCCGCGGUCAUCCAGCUCCCCGAACGACUGAUUUUUAUAGCAUCAGUCUACGUAGAGGGAGGAGAUGCCGCGGCGUUGCUCGAAACAUGUGAUCACCUACGCAAAGCAAUCACAAAGGUACGGCAGGACACGGGCACCGUGGUGGAUAUCAUGAUUGUAGGGGACUUUAACCGCCAUGAUCAACUCUGGGGAGGAGAGGAGGUAUCCCUGGGAAGGCAGGGCGAAGCGGAUCCAAUCAUUGACCUCAUGAACGAGUUUGCUCUUAGCAGCCUACUCAAACGAGGCACAAAGACAUGGCACGGUGGUGGACGGAGCGGGGACUGCGAGUCGACCAUCGACCUCACCCUGGCCUCUGAUAAUUUGACAGACUCAUUGAUCAAGUGUGCGAUACAUGGGACGGAGCACGGCUCGGAUCACCGUGCCAUUGAGACGGUGUUCGAUGCACCGUGGUCAGCCCCGAAGCAUCCGAAACGACUUCUGCUGAAGAACGCACCAUGGAAAGAGAUCAAUGCCAGAAUCGCGAGUGGUCUGACGGCCACUCCGUCGGGAGGCACGGUGCAGCAGAAGACUGACCGACUCAUGACGGCGGUCAGCGAGGCGGUGCAUGCUUUAACUCCAAAGGCAAAACCGUCACCACACGCGAAACGAUGGUGGACAGCCGACUUAACACAGCUGCGCCAUAUAUACACAUACUGGCGAAAUCAUGCUCGCUCGGAGCGCCGGGCACGACGGAAAGUACCGCACCUGGAAAAGACAGCCCAAAGUGCGGCGAAACAAUACCACGAUGCAAUCCGCAAACAAAAGAAGAAGCACUGGAAUGAGUUUCUCGCAGACAACGAUAACAUCUGGAAAGCCGCUAAAUACCUGAAGUCGGGAGAGGACGCGGCAUUCGGGAAGCUACCGCAGCUCGUCAGAGCAGAUGGGACUACCACCACAGAUCAUCAAGAGCAAGCGGAAGAGCUGCUGUCCAAAUUCUUUCCCCCUCUGCCUGACGUUAUUGACGACGAGGGGACCAGACCACAAAGAGAGCCGCUGGGAAUGCCUGCUAUCAGCCUGGAGGAGGUAGAACGACAGCUUUUUGCAGCGAAAUCAUGGAAGGCGCCGGGUGAAGACGGUCUACCGGCGAUAGUCUGGAAGAUGACGUGGCCCACGGUCAAGCACAGGGUUCUCGACUUGUUCCAGGCGUCACUGGAAGAAGGCAUGUUGCCGAGACAGUGGAGACAUGCGAAGAUCAUACCGCUCAAAAAGCCGAACAAGGAAAACUACACCAUUGCAAAGGCAUGGAGGCCAAUCUCGCUCCUCGCGACGCUGGGCAAGAUACUGGAAUCCGUGGUUGCAGAAAGGAUCUCGCACGCUGUGGAGACACACGGCUUGCUCCCGACCAGCCAUUUCGGAGCCCGAAAGCAACGGUCCGCGGAGCAGGCGCUUGUGCUCUUGCAGGAGCAGAUCUACACAGCGUGGCGUGGCCGACGGGUGUUGAGUUUGAUCAGCUUCGAUGUCAAAGGCGCCUACAACGGUGUGUGCAAAGAACGACUGCUCCAGAGAAUGAAAGCGCGAGGCAUACCAGUUGACCUGCUCCGGGGCUCGCCCCUGUCCCCGAUCCUAUUCCUCUUCUUCAAUGCAGACCUCGUACAAAGACAGAUCGACAGCCAGGGCGGAGCCAUGGCGUUCGUGGAUGAUUUUACCGCAUGGGUGACGGGACCAACCGCCCAGAGCAACCGGGAAGGCAUUGAAGCAAUUAUCAAUGAAGCACUCGACUGGGAGAAAAGGAGCGGAGCGACUUUUGAAGCAGACAAAACAGCCAUCAUACACUUUGCUCCCAAGGCUUACAAAUUGGACCAGGGGCCUUUCACUAUCAAGGGACAAACCGUUGAGCCCAAGGACCAUGUCAAGAUCUUGGGCGUUCUCAUGGACACAAAACUCAAGUACAAGGAGCAUAUUGCGAGGGCAGCAUCCAAGGGCCUGGAGGCCGCGAUGGAGCUUCGACGACUUCGGGGUUUAUCCCCAGCGACAGCGCGGCAGCUAUUUACAUCGACGGUGGCGCCGGCCGUGGACUACGCGUCCAAUGUCUGGAUGCACGCGUGCAAGGAUAAGGCCAUGGGGCCGAUCAACCGCGUCCAAAGGGUAGGAGCGCAGGCGAUUGUAGGAACAUUCCUCACAGUUGCGACCAGUGUAGCAGAAGCGGAGGCCCACCUUGCCACUGUUCAACACCGUUUCUGGAGACGAGCCGUGAAGAUGUGGACGGACAUACAUACCCUGCCAGAAACCAACCCUCUCCGCAGGAAUACAGCACGGAUCAAGAAAUUCAGAAGAUACCAUCGUUCGCCGUUGUAUCAAGUUGCAGACGCGCUGAAGAACAUCGACAUGGAAACACUGGAAACCAUCAACCCGUUCACAUUGGCACCAUGGGAAGUACGCGUACAGGCUGGCGUUGAAGCAACUCCGCAGUCACCAACCGUACCAGGCGGGUUAAUGCAGAUCGCAACCAGCAGUUCGGCACGGAACGAGCUGGUCGGAUUUGGGGUGGCGAUCGAGAGGCAACCACCUCGGUAUCGAAAACUGAAACUGAAGACCCUUUCCGUCACAUUGGGUGCAAGAGCAGAGCAAAAUCCGUUCUCUGCGGAGCUAGCAGCGAUGGCACAUGCACUGAACAUGGUAGUUGGACUGAAAGAUUACAGGAUCACGCUGCUCACGAGCAACAAAGCUGCGGCUCUGACACUAAGGAAUCCUCGACAACAGUCAGGCCAGGAAUUCGUCUGCCAACUGUACAAGUUGAUGAGAAAACUACGGAGAAAUGGAAACCAGAUCAAUAUCCGGUGGAUCUCCACGAGCGAAGACAAUAAACUGCGGGGUCUGGCUAAAGAACAGGCCAGAGCCGCGACACAAGAAGAUGCUCUCCCGCAAGAACGCGUCCCGAGAAUGAAGUCAACAACACUGAAUAUCGCACGGUCCCAAGCAGUUCCCAGCAAUGACCUGCCAGUGGACAUAGGGAGACACGCAAAACGAGUUGAUGCAGCACUCCCAGGCAAACACACCCGGCAGCUGUAUGACCGAUUAUCGUGGAAAGAAGCGAGCGUGCUGGCUCAACUCCGAACCGGCAUGGCAAGACUCAAUGGAUAUCUUUAUCGAAUCAAAGUAGCAGACACGGACCAGUGUGCGUGUGGACAAGCGAGAGAGAACGUGGAGCACUUCCUCUUUCGAUGUCAAAAGUGGACGGUGCACCGGACGGAACUACUACAAUGUACCAACACUCACCGAGGAAAUAUAUCCUUCUUCCUAGGUGGAAAGUCGCCUUCCGAUGAUCAGAAGUGGACGCCGAACUUAGAGGCGGUACGGGCCUCAAUACGAUUCGCCAUCGCCACGGGCCGACUCGAGGCCACCUAA